AUCAUUUAGUCUCGCUCCUGGUAUCGUGACGGUCGUGUCUCCAGAAUCAUCUGCUUGGCCGUUUUUCAUUUGAUUUUUUCUUCUCUUGUUUCGUUCAUUCAAUACAUUCCCGUGUGUUGUGUGUGUUGUGUGUGAUCGACUCUUGGAUAAUUAUCGUGUCGUGUGUAAUAACAACCCGACAAUUCGCGUGUCUAGUGCGGCCUCUCUCUGUGCGUCUGUGUGUAUUUUCAUCUCUUCUAUUUCGUGAGUGUCUGACCUCUGCCGAGAUUGAGGACGGCGAUGAUUCUAUCAAAUUCGGACAUCCCGCGUUUUUUUGAAAACCUUGAAAAUAUCAACUUUGUGAAGGGGAGGAAUUAUUCGUACGUAUAGGGAAAACCAAAAAACAAGUGGUUUACAUUUUGGCCAGCCUAGAUAAUAGUGUGUGUGUGCUGGACUUUGGGUUGUUGGCGUUUGACGUUUGCCCUGACCAAAUACAGCGGCCACAGUGAAGUUGGACAGAGAGAGAGAGGGACUUGUUGAUGCCAUCCUUUUGGGGAAGACGCAUGUCGUCGCUAUAGAUGGAGUUCACAUUUUGAACAAGAAAAAGAAAAUCUCUAUUUUUUUUCUCCAGCGUUUGACUUUUUGUCCGAACGUUUCGUGUAUUUUUCUUCUUCCCGAAAAAAGAGGACGUGAUUAGUUUGAUCAAGUCCGCGGCGUUUGGCCCGUUGGAGAUGAAUGAGAAUGGCGGCGGCGACGACGGACGCCCGGCACGAAUUCGUCACUGCUAGCGUCCAGGGUUUGGUUCACCUGCGAUCGGUGCCCGUCGUGAAAAACGAGGCCGGCGGCCAGGAUGGCUACGGCCAAAAAGCUUCCAGCCGCAGGAAGAGGAAGCCCAGAUGCUACCGGGCCCUGUCCGGCGUCAGUUUUCAAAAUUCCGUCGACGUGGUCGACUGUUGCAGUUCGUCGUCGACUCUGCGGAGUAGUCGCAGUUUCGACGACGGUUACGGCUGCUGGGAAAUGGAUCGAGAUCAAUCGUCUUACUGCUGGACGGACCAGCAGAGGAUAGCGCCCGGCCCUGCCACCACGUCCACUUCGCCGGCCGGGACGGUCCGUGUGACUUUUGUCCACCGGACCAUCACGGAUUAUUCGACCAGUCAAAUCGUCACUUCCGACGAAGAAGAAGAAGAAUUGGAAGAAGAAGAAGUUGAAUUACAAAUUGAAGAUUCGGCUGAAGAUGAAGAUUACGAUCAGUCGUCUGCUUCGGUCAGCGUGACUGGCAGCUAUCAGCCGCAAACGGUCCAGCAGCAGCAGCAGGCGGUCUCCGGUGGUGGUGGUGGCCAGCAGCAGGAGGAGGUCGAUGGAAUGAGCCAGGAACAACACAUUUACGACACUCCAUGUUCGGCCGAAGAGUUGUACCACUCUGACCUGCUGCUCUCUGAUUCGGAUUUGUCCGGCCUGGAUCUGUCCAUUUUCGAGCCGGGCAGUAGUCCAACAACAGGGGGGGAGGCCAUCGGCGGCUCUGGGGAUAAUACGACGACGAUGGCGACCGUUGCAGGUCACCUGACGGUCGACUGUAACAAGAAAGGCAGAAAGGCUUUUAUCUACCGACCCCCGCGGCCGACUCAACGGCAACUGAGUCGCGGGAAAACUUUUCGUGAACGGCUGGCCAAACCCCUGCAGAAAUUCUUUCACGUUCCGGCGCCACCCGCUGUCGAUUACGCCGCCGAGUACGACGACCACCACUACCACUGCCAUCAGCAAUCGGCUCGUAAUAGUCCCAAUACAACACCACCGACAAUCGUUACCGACCUCGAUCUUCCGCAACAACUAUCAACAGAUAAGGAAGUGGCGCUAGGUCACCAUCCGAGCAACAAGUUGACGAACAAGAAUGGCGACAAGGCGCCGCUGGUUUCAUGGGAGCCGUAUUUCUGCGUCCUGCUCCAAGACGAGCAAACUUUUACGGCUUAUCGCAGCGAGGAAAUGGCCGUCUGUCCAGGUUUCGUAAUAAAACGCUCGCACAAACGCCCUGAGUUGGGCGAUAUCGUCUUCUCCGACACGCCUCGAAUUCGUUUGGAUAGCGGCGGACGUCAAUUUCGACGUCGCUGGGGCUACGACGGUUCCGCUGGAGGAGGUGCGGGAGGAUCUGCGUGCGGCACGGGUCCCGGAAGUCUCAAUGGAGGCGCCGGCCAUUUGGAAGACAUUGAAGAGGACGGCGACGAUUUCAGCGACACCUAUUCGCUGCGAGAUGAAACUUCGUACAAUUCGAUUCUCCACGAAGAUACAUCGUACGAGAAGGCUUGCGGGGAACGUCGCGGGAGCGCUCCAGUGACGCCCGUCUUGCCUGCGGCCAACCCGGCCAACAACGUGACCAACAACGGAUUCGCCCCACGAAACAGCAUGGAUUCUUCGUCGACCCCAUCGCGUUUCGCUAAUUUCUUUUCCAAACGAUCGUUCAAGUCCAAUCCGCUGAAACGGACCAAGAGCGUCACCAAGCUGGAGCGAAAACGGGCCGUUCUCGACGUCAAUCCAGUGGGUUUGUCAAGACUAAGGACGUCACGCUCUCACGAAUCGUUGCUGUGCGGGCCCGGUGGUGGAUCGUCGCCUCAGAACGCCGUUCAGACGGUGGAUCUGUCAUCGUCAGAGUCUGGCGAUAUCGGCGUCAAACAGCUCCACCAGUCGGUUUUAGGCGAGGACCACUGCCUGCAGAUUACAAGGCCUUCCGGCAACGUCUACAUUGCCUGUUCCAACGCCGAGGAACGUGAUCGAUGGCGCAAUUGUUUGAAGAAGACGAUCCAACCUGUCCAGGAACAUGUUCGCCGGACUGACAAUUCACUCAAGAUCUGGAUUCUCGAGGCCAAGGGUGUUGCCAACAAGAAAUGGUACUUUUGCGAACUGUGUUUGGACAAGAACUUGCACGCCAGGACGGCCGGCAAACAGAAAAACGAUUUGUGCUUUUGGGGCCAGCAUUUCGAGUUUGACGACCUGCCCGUCGUCCACAACAUCAACAUUAAUCUCUACAGGGAAGCCGACCGUAAGAAGAAAAAGGACAAAACCUUUGUUGGCACCGUCACGAUCCCCGUCAACACCAUCACGUCACGAUUCCUCAUUGAAAAAUGGUAUCCGGUCGUGUCUGAAAAGGGCUCGUCCAAAGAUCCUCCCUCGUUGCGGAUCAAGUGCAAAUACCAGACGGUGGAUAUCCUUCCGCUGGAAGUUUACGAAGAAUUCCUCGAGUAUUUGAAAACGGAUUACAUGACCGUGUGCGACCUGCUGGAACCGGCGAUCGGAGUCAAGGCCAAGGAGGACAUCGCCACGGCCCUGGUGGCCGUCAUGCAACGCGAAGGCUACGCGCAAAAGUUUCUGGCCGAUAUCGUCAUGGCUGACGUGGAUCGAAUUGACGAUGAGCAUUUGACUUUCCGCGGCAACUCGCUGGCCACCAAGGCCAUGGAAGCCUACAUGAAACUGGUGGGCGAGAAUUACUUGCAGGACACGCUGGCGGAAGUCAUUGGCGGAAUCGUCGACCACGCCGCCGAUCGAGACUGCGAAGUCGAUCCUCUCAAGGUCACCUCGCCGGCCAUGCUGGCCAAACAGCAGGCUCAUUUGCGUGCCGUUGUCGAGUCGGCCUGGCAUUGCAUCCUCAAAUCCACUCCUUACUUCCCUGCGGAAUUGCAAGAAUGUUUCUACACGUAUCGCCAACGCUUGGCUGGAUUCGGUCGUGAAGAAGUGGCCGAUCACCUCAUAUCCGCUUCCAUCUUUCUGCGUUUUCUUUGUCCGGCUAUUCUCUCGCCCAGCUUGUUUGGCAUCACUCCAGAAUACCCGAGUGAUAAAGCGGCCCGCAAUCUGACGCUGAUUGCCAAGACGCUGCAGACGUUGGCCAAUUUCACGCGGUUCCAGGGCAAGGAGAAUUUCAUGGAGUUUAUGAACGAUUUCCUGGAGAAGGAAGCGUCAACGAUGAAGCAGUACCUGAAGGAGAUCUCGAGUCCCUUGUCCAAGGAUCAGUGCUACUCCAAGUUUGACGACUACAUCGACGUCUGCAAGAAUCUCAGCAUCUUGCACACGCUCUUCUCGGAGAGUCUCUCCAAAGUGGCGCCGCUCAGCCAGCGGAUGGACAGGCUCCAGCGCAUUCUCGACGGCAUUUCGGCCCAUUUGUCGCAACCCGUCACCAGUCUGCCGCCUUAUUCACGCCAGACGAGUCUGCCCGUCGUUUCGGCCGGCCUGGUGACAGUCAACGGCCAGCAGCAGCAGCAGAGAAAUUGUAACAAGAUGGUCGAAGUGGAACGGCCCGGAUUUCAGAGCCUCCAGCGCAACGUUUUCCGUUUCAACGACCCGACUGUGACGUCGGUGACGGUGUCCGGCAACGGGAAUAAUGGCAGUCUGAGCAACGCCAAUGCUAAUAAUAGCAAUUGCAACGGGCUCCACCUGCAGCAGCAGCAGCACUCUGGCGCUGAGGGGAGCACGUCGCCCAAGGCUUCCACUCUGCCGCGCAACGCUCAUCUGAUGACGCCACCCGUCACCACGCCGGGCCUCAAUGGCAAUCUGUCGGCGCCCGGCCGUCGCACUGCCAUUGAUUUGACAACGAGCGAUGAUUACGUCAUGUUCAGUGCACUCAACCAAUCGGCCGACCAGUCUGGCGGUGGUGGGGCUUCCAGUGGUGGCACGCCGCAGCGUCAGACCGGCAGCAGCAAUCACUACGCCGCCGGCGGUGGCAGCACGUUCAAUGUCAAAAACGGGUCGUCGGCCAAGUACGAACGGGUCCUGGGGUUAGGCUCGGCCAGCAGCAAGCAAGCGGCGGCGGCCAAUGCCAACCUGGACGAAUUUAUCGAGUCGCUUCAGUACGUUGACGAGAGUCCGGACGCCCAUUCCGGCGGCGAGGGGGACAACAACACUCAGGGUAGUCAAGUGUCCAUCUCGCAACUCUCGACUGUGGCCAGCUCUGGUUAUCAGAGCUUCGCCUACAGUCAGAGUUCCAGUCCGGUUGAUCCUACCAUCAGCAACGGGGGCCAGGAUCCGCCAGCUUCCGGCAACAUCAACGGACACCGAUCGUCGUCGAGUGGCAGUUUCCGCAAGAGCAGCGCCACCAAUUCUUUGACUCCCAACAACAACAGCAACAACCUCAACAACGGCAACGAGCACUCGGCCGCCAUCGCCUUCACCAAUCCCGUUUACAAUUUGAGGAACAAGCCGACCACUCCACUACCUCGAGGCUACGCUUCCUCUUACGGAUACGAUAAUGUCCUGAACCGGACGCCCAGCUGCGAGGAUGUCCAGGUCAUUAGCGCCCCGCGGGUCACUCUCAUUUCCAACGGCGGCGGAUGCGGUGGCAGCAGUCCCAAUAACAACAGUCUGAGCAGCGGCACCAUGUCCAGGACGCGCAUUUCCAGUUCAUCGUCGGAUUCCACUUCGUGUCUGACGACGCCUCCGCACGAGCGGCGCUUGUUCAUAUCGACGGCCCCGCGGACUAAUCCGCGCUGCAUUUACCCGUCGCCCGUGCCCGCCCAGGUGUCGCCGGUCGAGAGCAACAACGUCUCGGCCGAUUGCCAGUACGUGGCCAUGCGCCGCAAGGGCCGCAAGUCGAGCGUGACGAGCAUGCAGAACAAUUCUAGGAGCCGCAUUUACGACUCGUCGUCAUCCGACAGCGACUACGACCAGUUGCCGUCCACCAGAUUCCGCGACCGCAACGUCAAGAGAGGGUCCAGGAUGGCCCUGGAUCGUUUCUCCAAUCCCAAAUCGCUGGACGAGUACGAGAAAGAGAUAAUGGAUUUACGGAACGCGAUGGAAUCUCUCCAGUCUCGUCUGAGCCGGGCCGAGCAGUUGUACUUGCAGGGAGCCAUGCAGGCGGCCCUGGCCGUCAAGGAGCGCGAGCUGGAGGAGAAGCGACGCGAUAACGAAUCACGUUCCAGCUUGUCUUCGUCGAGGUACACGCCGUCGCCCAUCAUGGAACCGCAGCCGCUGGACGAGGUCAAGGACAACGGCCAGCUCAAGUCGAUGAUUACGCGCCUCGUUUCGCUCGAGGAGGAACUGCAUCGCGAGAAGCGCAAAAUGGCUGACAAGCAGAAAGUGAUUGAGGCCCAAGUGCAGACGAUCCAGGCGCUGGAUGCCGCCAACAAUCGUCUGCUGUCGGCCCUGGCCCAGCUGCGCAAUUACCAGGCGGUCGAGCCGGCCGAGCACGACGAAGUUGAGCGAAACCUCAUGUCUUUUGCCCGCAAUUCCUUGCCAGAACCGGACUAUGGCGGAUCGGGCUCACUUUCUUUGGCCAGGCGGAUUCUGGCCGACUUGGGUGAAGUCCAGAGCAGUUCUUGUUGAUCAAGAACCAUAACCAGCACUUGUUUUUUGUCCUUUAAUGGUAUUAACAACUAUUUAUAUAGAUGUGAAAAAGCAAACAAGAGCAGAAUACCCUAUAUUAUUCAUCAGGUCGUGAAUAUUAAUGUCAAUGUCUUAUUUUGUUUUCUGUGUGUCUCGUUUUUGAUUGACGUUCUUUUUCUUUUUUUGGUAACCCCCCCGACUUCAGUCUGAACGAACUGUUCCAUCUAAAAAUUCUGAGACUGGAAUGUCGGUGUGGCAGAGUGUAAAAGACGUAAUCGCGUGUUGAGAUGGACCGUGGCUCUAAUAACUCCCAUCACGUUUGUUGCAUAUGGAACGCGAUCGUUUCAGUUUACCAAAGACGGUGAAUGCCCUAGUUCAAACAUUAUUUUCUAUCUCGAUCCUUUUGUUUUUUUCCUUCUCUCAUUCACAAAACACGUUUUCGUCUAUAUCCCCCCCCCCUUGUACACACGCAGUAGAGCCAGUCUGAUGAUUUUGUGUGUAUGUAAUGUAUGUGUUUGGCCACAAUCUCUUUAUAAUCUCUCCCAAUGCAACUCCUUGAUCACUCGCCAUGUAUCAAAAAUUCACAGUAUCGACAGUUAUUAUGAUUCUUCUUUCGUCACUUUCACCAUCUUGUGUUUUUGCGCACCCACAAUAUUUUUCUCUUCUUUUCUCAAUUUGUGUUUAUCCAGGAAAAAACGAACCCAAUCAGUUAUAUAUACAGAACAUUUUCCCCUUCGAUCUAAUGAAAACAUUUCAAUCAAGAAUCAAGAACACAAUUUUCAACAUAUGGCCUGGUCCAGCCAGAAUCUUUACAUUCACUGUAUGUGUGUGACAGUAUUUUGUACAAAUGUUACGAGAUAUAUAUAAUAAGAAUUACGAAGAAAGAAUUUGUUUUGCCCUCCCAAAUCAUUUUCCCCGUCUAUACUUCCAGUUUUGUUUUUGUAUCUCGUAAUCCGGAUAUCAUAGUAUCUUUCACACUCGGUAUAUACUGUAGCUGCAUUUAAUCGUUUGAUGGAUAAAAUCCUUGUGUUGUAUAAUCUUAUGACUACGAUAUGGAAAUCUAAAUAAAUACUGCGUUCAAUAUAACGAAAAAA